AUGCUGGACACGUUCGAGAUCAUCACCACAUCUGGCGUCGUCCUCUGGUCCAGGACAUAUGCGCCUCUCAAAUCGCCCAUUAUUAACAGCUUCAUCGCCGACACGUUCAUCGAAGAGAAGAGCGGCCGCUCCGCGCUGAAAGACUCGCCAUCCGCCCCCUCCAAUCCCGUAUACAAGAGCGACCAGCACACCUUGAAAUGGACCGUUGUCAAGGAACUCGGCGUCAUCUUUGUGGCCGUCUACAGAUCUCUGCUGCACCUCUCUUGGGUCGAUAAGCUCGUCGACAACAUCAAGACCAUCUUUGUCAACCUGUACGGCGAGCAGCUCACCAAGCCGCACACCACCAUUGUCGAGUGCGCCGGUUUCGACAAGUACUUUGACCAGCAGUUGCAGGAGCUGGACGCCUCGAGCGCAAGCAGUCCCCCGCUGGCGCAACAUGCAGACCUCUCCGUCGACGAGAGCCCCCCGGCUCCUGGCUUAACCUACCGCGGCCGCCGCAGCCACAUCAACGGCGUUCAAGACGAAGGCACGUCAAAUGACUCAAGUCCUGUAGCUACGCCGAACACGUCCCGGCCGUCAACGCCGACCCCAAGCAACCUACUGGUGGCCAAGGCUGGCCCCGUGGCCAAGAUGUCUCGCCGCGCUCGCAAGUCAAGGAACAAUGUGUCUGCGUCGGCGCCGGCUUCGUCCGGAGACGAGUCUUCCACCAGACUCGCCAAAAAGGGCGCCAGGAAGGCGAACCGUACCUGGAACGACGACGGCACGGCAGGGGAAGACGAGCCCAACCUGCGUCUGGACUACUCGAACCAAACAGAGUCCGCCAGCGACGCGAAACCAGAGACUGGCCGAACCGGCGUGGUUCCCACGGCCGCAUGGGGAAGCACCACAAAGGGCAAGUUUGUCCUCAAGGAUCUCGGCGACGAAGUUCACGACAUGCUCGCCUCCGUCGAGGCCGACAAAGAAGCGGCGGCCGCCGCUGCCGCCGCCAAGGCAGGAACCAGGACCGGCAUUCUGGGCACGAGCGUCAACGUCAUCAGCGGCAUGUUCCGCAACGUCGUCGGCGGCAAGACGCUCACCAAGGAAGACCUCGAAGACGCAAUGAAGGGCAUGGAAGAGCACCUGCUGCGCAAAAACGUCGCACGCGAAGCCGCCGUCCGCCUCUGCCAAGGCGUCCAAAAGGAGCUCGUGGGCGUCAAGACGGGCUCCUUCGAAGGCAUCAAGUCGAGGAUCCAGUCCGCCAUGGAGUCGUCGCUCACCAAGAUGCUGACGCCCACCUCGUCGCUCGAUCUCCUGCGCGAAAUCGACUCCGUCACCUCGCCGGCCCCUACCUCCCUCCGCCGGCCCCGCCCCUACGUCAUCUCCAUUGUCGGCGUCAACGGGGUCGGCAAGUCGACCAACCUGUCCAAGAUAUGCUUUUUCCUCCUCCAGAACAGGUACAAGGUCCUCGUCGUCGCGGGCGACACCUUCCGCUCCGGCGCGGUGGAGCAACUGGCUGUCCACGUGCGCAACCUCAAGGAGUUGACCGCCCGGGAAGGCGGCCAGGUCGAGCUCUACCAGAAAGGCUACGGCAAGGACGCCGCCGCGGUGGCCAAGGACGCAGUCGCGCACGCUUCGCACCAAGCAUACGACGUUGUGCUCAUCGACACGGCGGGCCGGCGGCACAACGACCAGCGCCUCAUGUCAUCCCUGGACAAGUUUGCCAAGUUUGCUCAGCCAGACAAGAUUCUCAUGGUGGGAGAGGCCCUCGUUGGCACAGACUCGGUCGCCCAGGCGCGCAACUUCAACGCCGCAUUCGGCUCAGCCCGUUCCCUCGACGGCUUCAUCAUCUCCAAGUGCGACACCGUCGGAGACAUGGUCGGCACGCUGGUUAGUCUCGUCCACGCUACAAACGUGCCCGUCCUCUUUGUCGGGGUAGGCCAACACUACUCCGACCUGAGGAAUUUCAGCGUCAAAUGGGCCGUCGAGAAGCUCUUGAGUGCCAACUAA